AUGAGAAACGUCAGUACCGGUGUGCUGUUUCUUGCAUUGAGUAUAUCCUAUACAGUUUAUCUUUUACUAACAUUGUACUUUUUAAUAACUUAUGGUUUUCAUAUUCCUGAUCAAUCAAAUUAUCCUAAAACAUGUCAAUUUCGACAUUAUAUUCAUUAUCUUUCAAAAAACUUUAGUGCAUGGAUGCUUACUACAAUUUCAUGUGAUCGUUGGAUACGUUCACAAUUUCCAAUAAAAUCUAGACGAUUUUGUACACGACGAACAGCUAUUUAUUCAAUUAUAAUUGCAUUUAUCAUUGAUCGUAUUUUACAUAUUCAUAUUAUUACACCAAUGUUUGGUCAAGUAGCACCUGAAAUAAAAACAAAUUGUGGUGCUGAUAGUCGUUAUCCAAAUUAUUCAUAUUUUUAUAAGAAUAUUUGGUCAAUAAUUACUAUUCUUACUGCUAUUAUUAUUCCAGCCAGUUUUAUGAUAUUUUUUCUUAUAGGUGUUUGA